ACUUCAAAAUCUGAUAUCAUAGAUUUGUUGGACUUUUUCAUUUUUGGGUUUUCAUUUUUCAUUUUGGGUUUUUCACAGCCAAAUUUAAAAGUAAUAAAAGCGUUAUGUACCUUAAAACUGGUGAUACUCCAUAAAAAACUUUAUUGAAGGGCAACGAGAUAGAUUAUGGUCUCUGAGUCCGAGCAGCGUAAAAAUGCCUCGCACUGAAAGUAGACGUUCAUCAAGAUCGCCCUGGGAUGACCGGGAAAGAUUUCACAGCGCCUCUCGAGAAGGUAGACAUGAACGCGCGGACGAUUCCCGUACGAAGGAGCGACCGCGCUAUGAAGGCCGUCAAGAUCCAUCCUCGAAAGCGAAAAGACAUCGAAGCAGAUCAGAAAGUUCGUCGCCAAAUGACAGACGCCACAAGCCGAAACAAGAACGAUCAAACAGUCGGGAGCGUUCUGCGGAUGUCCCUGCCAGUAAAAACCGUAAGGUGGAUAAGGACAGUGAAACCCCGGAGGAGAAACGAGCACGACGACUAGCGAAGAAGUUAGCCAAAGCCCAGAGACAGCGUGGACGGGCCGGAAGCGUUGAUGUUAUGGAUGAUAAUCCUUUCGGUGAUCCACAGAUCCAUGAAGUGUUUAUCUGGGGCAAAAAGCUGCAGAAGGAAGGCAUCACGGACUACACCCUGGAUGAUAUUAAAAAACAGACUAAGGAGAAGCAGGAGGCGUCCCGGGCGGAGCUAGAAAAAGUGCGUCAGCGACGACUGCAAUAUGAGCGCGAACGAGCAGCCCGCGAAGAGGAAGUGCAGAUGAUUCAGAGAGAAAAGGAAGCCGCGCAGUUCCAGCAAUGGCAGUCGCAGGAAGAUGGUUUUCACCUGAAACAAGCGCAGUUGCGCUCGGAAAUUCGCAUCCGAGAUGGUCGAGCAAAGCCCGUGGAUUUACUGGCGAAAUAUAUCAGCUCGGAAUCGGAUUUAAGCGUUGAUAUCCAUGAACCGUCGACGUACAUUGAAGGACUCAAAAAGCGAGAUCUUGAGGAUUUAUUGGAAGACAUCGCAGUUUACCAGAAAUUAGACCGGGACUUAAACGACGAUUAUUGGAACGAUAUAACAAUCGUCGUCAAUGAUGAACUGCAGAAAAUUUUAGCGAGUGAGGCCGAGUUGGAACGUAGAGCUGGUCGACAAGGCAUCAACGCCGUUGUUAGUGCGGAUGUAGGAUCGGUAUUCAAGGGCAAGACUUUGCCGCAGCUGAGGGAGCUGGAAAAUCAGAUUGCGGAAAAAUUAGUGGACGGACAGGAAGGCGUGGAUGUGUCCUAUUGGGAAAAUCUGUUACAGCAGGCCAGUGCGUACAUUGCCCGCGUACGACUCAAAGAACGACACCAGGAGAAUUUACGACGAAAAUUGGAUGAACUGAAAAAAGAGCAAGGGAUUCGCGAUGAAGAAGAACGCCUGCUGAUGCCCCCUCCAAAAGAACCUGUUGCCUCUACCAGCACAACGAAUACCGAACGGCAUGUUUCCGAUGAGGAUGAACAGCGAAUCGCUGAUUACGACACUGGCCAGUAUAGCCCGCGACUAAUUCCUUUCGAUGACGUGGAUGUCGGUAUGCACCUGAUCGAACCAGAAGAAGACAAAAAGAAAUUGCAGUUAGCUCGCGAGCAAGUGCUGAAGACGGGUUCGGCUGCCAUCGUUACCACCGAAGACCAUGUGUUUGAGCGUGAAGCGCGCAAAGGUAUGGGUGAGGAUGAGGCCCAGUUUAGCGUAGAAGCCGAAGUGGACAAGCCUUUCUACGUCUGGUCGGAAAAAUAUCGCCCACGCAAGCCACGGUAUUUCAAUCGAGUGCAUACGGGGUUCGAAUGGAACAAGUAUAAUCAGACGCAUUAUGAUUUGGACAAUCCUCCGCCCAAAGUGGUUCAGGGUUAUAAGUUUAAUAUAUUUUAUCCGGAUUUGAUUGAUAAAAGCGUCACACCGAAGUAUAAAGUGACUCCCUGUAAUGACAAUUCCGAUUUUGCUGUGCUGAAGAUUAGUGCCGGACCACCAUACGAAGAUAUAGCCUUCAAAAUUGUAAACAGAGAAUGGGAAUAUUCGUAUAAACGUGGAUUUAGAUGCCAGUUUCAUAACAAUAUUUUCCAGCUCUGGUUCCAUUUCAAGCGUUAUCGGUAUAGACGGUAAUGGGAUGUUCACUUCGUGGCUUUCCGCAGAAAAGUGGAUUUGGCUGUUUAGCUUCUUCCUGUAAAUAAAUGCAUCGAUGCUUGGUUUUUGCUGUUUUUGUAGUGUAAUUCGCUGAUGAGAUCUUACGUUAAAGAAGCAGUGUAAUAAAAAAACAGCCCUAGUGGAUUUAUCUCUGUUUUGGU